GCACCAAUAGAAGAGCGAAGACUCAACUAACGAGGCAGCAGCGCGGGUCUUCACUUCUGAAGACGUUUGCCAUUUAGGAGUGCUCAGGUUUAGCCCUGUGCCCGGUCAGCUGAAUAUUAGGCGACUAUAAGAGCGGCGGCAGGUGGUGACUAGCGGGCUGAAUUCACACGCGCUCGGGGAGCCAUGUCCCUGUACAAUGGGCCCCCGCGCGCGGGGGCCCGAGGCGGGCGAGACCAAUUCUCGUGGGAUAACGUCAAGGCUGACAAGGACCGCGAGUACUACCUGGGCCACUCGGUAAAGGCGCUGGCGGGCCGCUGGCAGAAAGGUCGUGACGUGUACUGGUACACCCGCGACAAGGGCGGCGGCGCCAAUGCGCUGCAGGACGAGAUCGCGGCGGUCAAGCAGCGCGAGGAGGAGCUCAUGCUGGAGGCGCUGGGCCUGAAGCCCAAGACCGUGGCCAAGCCGGCGCCGCAGCUGGACAAGCACGAGCUGGACGAGAUCAUCCACGGCAAGCGUGAGGACCGCGAGGCAGCGGCGGCGGCAGGAGGAGAGGGCGGCCCGGGCGCGUCGGAGGCGGGAGCGGGCGCGGGCGUCACUGGCGAGGCGGACCGCAUCAAGGGGCUGGGCUUCAUCGCGGGCACUGGCAGCGCCCAGGGCCAGGCGGUGCGGACCACACUGCCGGGCGUGGGCGUGGCGCCGGGCGGCCAGCCCCAGCACCCGGCGGGGCAGGGCGGCGCGGGCGUGGGGGGGCACGCGGGAGGCGCGCUGCCGCCGCCGCCACCCUUGCGAGGUGCGCCGGGCGGCGUGGCUGCAGCCGUGGCUGCGGGCAUGAGCCUGGACGACCUGAAGCGGCUGCGGCGGGCGGAGCGCAAGGCGGAGAAGCGCGCCAAGAAGGAGGCCAAGAAGGCGAAGAAGGCCGCAAAGAAGGCCGCCAAGAAGGCCGCUAAGGAGGCGGGGCCAAAGCACGGCGGCGCAGGCGAAGACCGCAAGCGGUGCCACCGCUCCGCCUCGCCCUCCUCCAGCAGCGGCAGCGGCAGCGACUCAUCCGGCGACGAGGCCGCCGGCAGGGAGCGGGGUCGGGAGCUGGGCGGGGCAGGGCGGGGCCCGGCCAGCCAUGGGCGGCACGACAGCCCGCCGCCAGCCCUGGAGAAGGGGCGGCGGGGUGAGCCGCCCGCUGGGGCGCGGCCAAGGCACGACAACCGCAGCCGGAGCCCACGGAGGGAUGCGCCUGCGGCAGUGCGGGCACGCCACGACAGCCGCAGCCGGAGCCGGAGCCCGGUCCGCCAGCAGGAGCGGAGAGCGCACGGCGGCCGGGGAGUCGCGCGGGGUGACGAGGGGUGGCGUGGGCCACGUGGUCGGAGCCGGAGCCCCCGCCGGCACUGAGGCACAUGGGCGCCAUGCGGUGCGCGGCCAUGAGUCCAUGACAGUCGGAAGUGGCGCGGUCGACGCCUGGGACCUGCGCUGAGCACAUGAACCGCAGGGAAGGGCUGCUGUUCUGGGCUCUGGUGCAACUGCUGGGGGGAGGAGACUACAGGAUACGACUGGAGAAGGACUGGCGAAAAGCCUUGGGAGCUCCUCCGUAGGAAAGGCGGCACCAUGCUUGAACGUCCAGGGCUCCCCUGCCUGGAAUGCUGAAUGGACGAGCUCACACUCGUUUCACGUGGGCACCCCAACCCUAAUGUAACAUAAGGGCCUC